AUGGCUGGAAACCUUUCAUAUCCUACUUUUACAUUCAACCUUAAAAUUGCAAAAUUUGAUGUCCAUCCCAAUGCAACAUAUCCUGUGUUCUUCGCUGGAGCUCUGAUCUAUGUGUUCUCUGUGCUCUGUAAUGGAAGCAUUCUUGGACUGAUAAUCACCCAAAGAAACCUUCACAAGCCGAUGUUCUACAUCCUGUUCAGCCUCCCUCUAACCGAUUUAAUUGGAAUCACUUCUGCUCUGCCCAGGGUGCUUGCGGACAUUAUAACAGAAACAAAUGAUGUGUAUUACCCCACAUGUGUUCUUCAGGGUUUUUUGGUACAUAUGUAUGGAGGUGCAAUACUUUUUCUACUGGCAGCCAUGUCGAUUGACCGGUACAUAGCAAUAUGCAACCCACUCAGAUACAAUUCUAUUAUGACUCCUGGCAGAAUAUGUGGACUCAUAACAGUGGCAUGGAGCCUUGAUCUUGUCUUGAUACUUGUAUUAUUUUCCCUUCAGUCUAGAAUGGAGAAAUGUAAGUCUUUCAUUGCUAAUGUGUACUGUGACAACCCAUCUUUGCUUUUGCUUUCAUGUGGAGGGGAUUUCACUGUGAACAACAUUUAUGGCUUAUCUAUAACAGCAUUUAUGCAGAUAACCAGUGUCUCUGUUCAGCUGUACUCUUAUACAAACAUUCUCAUCACGUGUAUAAAACAAACACACACUGAUUCAAAAGUAAAGGCUGUAAAUACAUGCAUGGCCCAAAUCGCUACAUUUUUUUCUUUUGAAAUAGUGACAACCGUUGCUAUAUUAUCAUAUUGGAUCCCCAAUUUCUCUUCCAGUGCACAGAGGAUUUGUGGUUUGAUGAUUUACACAGUCCUUCCAGUUGUCAAUCCAGUCAUUUAUGGAAUGCAAACUAAAGAAAUUAGAAUUGCUUUCUUUUUGGUUUUGAAACAACAACAACAAAGUUGGUCAAGGUAA